GUGGGGAGUCGAAAGCGUCUCCCGGAUCUACGGGUGCAGUCACAGUAACUUCUUCAGUUGACCAUAAAAGUCUGUGUGUUUUGCGUUGACUAUUUUCAUGUCAUGAUUUGGGCCUACGACGGGGCAUGUAUACGGCCAAUCGAUCCAACAAUACUUCCACUUUGUAUUUAGUUUUGACGGCUUGCGUUGGUUGCAGCUGAUGCAGCAAUUAUUGCUUGCUAUGAUGCUUGCACGUGAAAAUAGCUGCUAGUAUCUGAGGUGAGGAUUUGACAGAAAGGAGUUGCUUGGGAAAGCUCCGCAGGUGGUGUGCCGUGGUGAGCAAGGACUGUUCGAUCGGGUUGGGAGAAGCAAAGAAAUCGUUGCAGGCUGCUGCAUGCUGGUUGCGAGCAUUUGUUUUUAUCAGGGAAUGCAGAACGGUGGAAGCAAACGUGACAUUUGUGUGUGGAGCCGUUUAGUGUUCCGCUAAUACUGGGUAGAAAAGGGAACAUCAUCCGCGGCUACCUCUCUGCUGCAUGGUGAAAGGCUCAGCUCAGGAUGGAUCUAUUUUCUCGUAUCGUGGCGCUGUGCAUGGCCAUAAGUGUUACGUCUGCUUCCUAUGUGCGGGCCGCAUCAGCAGUGUCCACCUCGACAUGUCCAUGCCAAGACCCAGCUCACUGUAAGCUGGUAGAAGCAGUACCCAGGCAGGAGGUGCUCGGUUUCUCUACGCACCCAGGAAAGUGGAAGCACUACGACUGGAGCAAGCUAACCACAGUCGCCGUGUUCCGCGAGUGGGACAGCGACGCUCUGGAGAUGAUGUGCUAUGCGCACAGCCGCAACGUACGUGUCGUCCUGGUGGGGUUCUUCGACGUCGCCAACCUCACUCACUCUGAUAUUGUGGACGCCUGGGUGAAGAACAUGCUCACACAGGCAGUGCAAUACCAUGCGGAUGGCAUCAAUAUUGACGUGGAGCAACCUAUACCGCAGGGCCACAAGAAGGAAGCCGAGCUACUUGUUCAGCUGGUCAAGCAGACCCGUGAUACGUUCCACGCUCGCUUCCCGUACUCGCAGGUGACGUUUGACGUGGCGUGGUCGCCAGACUGUGUAGACCGCCGCUGCUACGACGCCAAGGGCAUUGCGGACGCCUGCGACUUUCUGGUGGUGAUGUCGUACGACGAGCAAGGUCAAAUCUACAAGCCAGCGCCGUGCAUUGCUGGAGCAAACUCGGGCCCGCAACAGACUACGGCGGGCUUGGUCGGCUACUUGAAGUUAGGUAUCAGUGCUAACAAGCUGGUGCUGGGGCAGCCAUGGUACGGUUAUGAUUAUGAAUGCAUCGAGCCGAAGAAUGCAACGGCCGGUGGCAGUGCACUGGACGUUCCGCCGGCUUCUGGCGUGUGCCACAUCCGCGCGGUCCCGUACCAGGGUGCCUACUGCAGCGACGCAGCCGGCAGGCAGCGCGAGUUCUGGUGGGUCACUCGGAUGCUGCGGGGAAACGCUAGCAAUCCGGGGCGCCACUGGGAUGUGGCCUCACUGUCGCCGUAUUUUGACUUUGUCGAUCAGGCCACCGGGCAGCGUCAUCAAGUCUGGUAUGACGAUCCGAUCAGUUUGGCCAUCAAGUACGAACUGGUGCAGAAGAUGCGUCUCCGCGGCCUGGCGUUCUGGGGUACAGAUUUCCUGGACUAUACCGGGACCGAGGAAGCGCGUGCUGAGGCGGUCGUCAUGUGGGACACCGUCAAUGUGCGACUUUCACCACCCGGCGGCGAAUAAACGACUAGUUUUGUAGAGAGAUCACUGACUCAUUUAUUAUGGCUAUGGGUUUUCUUCGAUCAUCUAAGUAGCCGUUGGGUUUUAGUCUGAAGCAAAUGCACCUCUCCUUUAGGGCAAAACUAAUGAGAUUGCAACCCAUUAUUUACUUGCAAACUAUUUGCCCUCGUUUUUUAAUUCUAUUCUCCCAAUCGAGAGCACUGUUUUUGAGAGUUUCAUCCAUGCAGCACUGGA